GCUAGGCCUAAAGGUUUCCCCGACCUCAAGGCACCCAUUCAGUCACUGCCAACGUUGAUGGAAGUCUGUGAUGGAAAGAUUGAAUACCUGCACUACAUGUUGGAGGGGGAAAUGUCUGCACAGAAAAUUGAUCAGGUA